UGCCGUCGCCCUCCGAUCCGUUCCUCCUCGUUUCCCGAGGAUACGCAGCUGGAUCCGCCGAUGCCGAUCCAGGCAGACGCGGCCGUCGUGGAUCACGAGGACACCGCCACCACCGGCGCCUCGGAUACGUCGCCCGUUGCGGAUUAGGAUCCCCAGGACGCCGACGCCACCGCGGAUCCACUGCCACGCACAGCUCGGGCCCGAGCCGCGAUGGGCUCAGCUGUGGCCGCUGCCGCGUGCGCCCUUCGUCUCCAGGCUCGGCGAGCCCCGCCGCCAGCCACCCCCAACCCACACGGAGUGGGCCGCCUCGAUGCACGCCUACUACGCGGCCGCCGCCUCCGCCGCCGGGAUCCCCUAUGCCGCGUGGCCGCUGCCGCCGCAGGCCCAGGACGCAGCAGCACGGCCUGGUGGCGGCCGGGCCGGGGGCCGCGUAUGGCGCGCCGGUGCCGUUCCCCAUGUACCACCACCCCGCGGCGGCGUACUACGCGCACGCGCACGCCUCCAUGGCCGCGGGGGUGCCUUACAUGGCCGGCGAGUCUGCCUCGGCGGCAGGGAAAGGGAAGAGGGUGGGGAAGACACGACGUGUCCCUUCCGGCGAGAUCAAUUCCAGCUCCGGGAGCGGCGAUGCCGGGAGCCAGGGGUCAUCGGAGAAGGGAGAUACGGGCGCCAAUCAGAAGGGCUCAUCAUCAUCUGCGAAGAGGAGGAAGUCCGGCGCUGCAAAUACAGAAGAUGGGUUAUCAGUUAUCACAAACCAUAAUUCCUGGAUACAAGGUGAGCCAUCUCAGGCUGCCACAGUGCAGAAUGCUGUAACCGAGCCGCCAUUGGAAGACAAGGAGAGGUCUACAUCCAAACUGUUAGUUUUGGCACCUGGGAGGGCGGCACUCACCAGUGCUGCACCGAACUUGAAUAUUGGGAUGGAUCCCUUGAGCGCUUCUCCAUCCUCCAUAGUACAGGGGGAGGUGAAUGCCGCAGCUUCUUCCCAGAGUAACGCUUCACUGUCUCAGAUGGUAUAGUUUUCCGUUAUGAAUUCUUUUCUUCAAAGGAAGGUCUCUGUUUCUUCCAGACCUCCAGCCUCUGCACCGUCAUGAUUUUUGAGAGCGUGGUAAAAUUGGCAAUUGUCAUGAAUGAAUAGUAGUUUUCCUCUCAUUUUGGAAAAUACAAAUAGUGCAUUUACUUGCAACUUGGUUUUACUUUAGCCCUCUUUUAUAAAAAUGUGGUGACAAAUAGCAUGUAAAUGUUUUUCAGAUUGCAUCUUAUAUGAUUAUAACAACCAUACUUUCCUGCACUUGUUUAUUUCCUGGUGAGCGUGUGGCACACUGUCACUAGAAGUAGAGAAAUGAUAGUUAUAAAAUUUAGGUUCAACGUUAUGGACGUUUGACUGUUAAGUUAGGUCCGCACAAUGAUCUCUCGGCAUGAGAGUGCUCCAGAUAGGUUAUGCUGGACAUAAUGUCUGAAACAAUCACCCAUUUUUGUUGUUUCAGAAAUUUAAGCGAUGGCUUCAUAGUGAAGUAUGCAAUCACUAAAAGUUUUGGCCAUCUGGGAUCAUCUCAGGCUUCCAGAAUUUUAAUUAGAAUAUACUUUCUACUGCUUCUUGAGCAAUGCUGCCUAAUAUACUUGAUUUGUUUUAACUGGACUUGAUUACAGUAGGGAUGUUUAGUCAAGUGUUCCUAUGAGCUAUUACCUGCAUGUUGCUAAAAUUAUCUUCUGGGGAUAAUAUAUUUGACAUUCUGAACUCAGCUGAACAGCGAAACAUAUCCAGUUUAGGCAAGUAAGACAACACUGUAUCGAUUUUCUAGGCCAGCAAAUGAAUUAACUUAAGAUUAUUUGAUGGUAUAAAUUCUGAACUCAGUUGUCUUAGCCCCUAUAAAGGUUAAAUUUUCUCUUUAAUGUUUAGGCUUCCAGGAUACUAUAGUAUAGUAACACUGAGCAAAUUAAGCUGGU